GUGGUAUUGUCCAUCCUAGUUGUCAUUGGUCAAAGAAUUGUGUUGAUUAGCUUAUAACACGACUUCUUGAGCUACACCGUAUCAGUCGAAGCUGUCUAGUCGAGAAACUCUGAAUACCUCUUAGCUAAACGUUCUACAACAGCAGCAGUAGUAGUAGCAGCAAGAAAAGUUGACAAAGAAGUUGGAUAUCUAAAAAAAGUUAAACAUGUCUACAGACAGUAAAACCAAAGUGACCUGCAGCAGUGUGGCCGUAUUUCAGAUCAGUGAAACAGUCCACAUUGAUGUUAAGAAAGGUGACUACAGCAAACCGUUUCUACUAUUACAAGAGAGGAGUUGGAGUAGUGAGUUUAACACGUACGGCUUUAACAGUGUGCUGCUCACAGUGUGUCAGUGGAACUCCUUAAAAAACAACUUUAAAAACAUUCAAGAGUUUGUAACAUGUGUCAAAAGUGGUCAAAAGUCGGAAAUGGCUAUGGACUUGGGCGAGCGAAAACUGUUAAAAGCCAUAGUAAAAGCAACGACUGCUGAUGACAUUGCUGUACUACUAAGACGUGUAAGAAGUACGCCAGACAGUAGCGGCGCAAUGUCUGCCUGCGUAACCCUGUCAUUGCAAGACUUCGAGAAACUUCAGAACUGGACGUACGUGGUGGACAGCUGCAUCAAGGACCAUUCAGAUGUACCCAUUAUUGAUAGUAUAUCAGACCCUAGUCAAUAUAAGUCACCAGGUCUCACUAAGUCCAGUGGGCUACCACCUAAACUUAGACCCUUCAAGUUAAAGAUGCCAAAGGCGUAUAGUAACAGUGAAACACAAACCACGGCCGAUGCCUCAACACAGACGGUGCCCCCCACACCUACUGAGGACCUCAAAGACCCAUUUCAAACGAUGAUGCCUACAUAUUCGGCGUUCAAUGGCGAUGGCUACGGCGGAGGCAUGCCAUCCCCAGCAGGUUUCAAUGUUGACUUUUCCAGUGUAAACAUUAAUGACUAUACACCACUGGCUACACCAGAGGACUUUGCAUGUGGAAGUAGUGUGGAUGAUUAUAGACCUUUUGGGUAUUAUAGCCCAAUUUCGCCAACUAUGUAACCGACUACUGAUAACUGAGUGACUCUUGGCAUAACCUAUGUUGAACAUAUCGAGUUGGUGUAGGAGUUUAUAGUAACAUAAGCAUCUCUGGCAUUAUAUUGUAAAUAGAAAUGUGUAAUAAAUAUUAACA